CAGAUAAUGGAUGCAAUCAAAGGUUCAAUGACUGAAAUCUACAACGACCUUUCUAAGAGUACUUCAGGGAACACAAUAGCAGAGAUAAGACGAUUGAGAAUUGAAAUUGAAAAAUUGCAGUGGUUGCAUCAACAAGAGUUGUCAGAAAUGAAGCACAAUCUUGAGCUGACAAUGGCAGAGAUGAGGCAAAGUCUGGAGCAGGAGAGGGAGCGGUUGGUGACUGAGGUGAAGAAACAGAUAGAGCUGGAGAAACAACAAGCAGUGGAUGAGACAAAGAAGAAACAGUGGUGUGCUAACUGCAGGAAAGAAGCCAUCUUCUACUGCUGCUGGAACACAAGCUACUGUGAUUACCCAUGUCAGCAAGCCCACUGGCCGGAGCAUAUGAAGUCCUGCACACAGUCAGCCACAGCUCCACAGCAAGAACCCGAGGCUGAAUCGACAGCAGACCUCCCAAACAAAGGAGUAGGGCAGACGAGCAGUGGCCCAAACUCUCUCAGAGAUAUGCCCGUCUCUGCACCAUCAGAAAAAGACUGUGACGUUGAGAAAAGUGCUGACAGUGUUGCUGUUUCUUUAUCCUAACCCAACUUACUAUACUUGAAAAUGUAAAUGUAAGAUUGUUUCUUUUUUUAUCACUACAAUAAUGUGUUCAUAUAUACUGUUCUGUUCAAGUGGAUGUUAAGGGAGCAAUCCAAAUAAUUUUUAUUUAUAUAUAUUUUUGUCUGCCUUUCAGGGCUCACACAAUGACCCUGACACGCAGUGGUCUUUAAAACAUUUUAAAUGUAGAAACAAGACAGGCAGCAGAUAGUUAGCAACCACUGGAGGGAGCAGUCUCAAAAAGUACACUGCAUACUAAAGCACUUUGUUGCCAUCUAUAUAGAGCUGCUAGUAUAAAUAAAGAUCUGAAGAGCAUGCUGAGUGUCACAAAACAUCCACAUAGUGUAAAGGACAACAGUGUAACAGUUAAAAACUGCAAAAAAUGUAACCCUUGUUUAUGGACCACCUCGGAUUUAGAUUAGAGGACUG